AUGCCCAGAAUAAAGAGUCUAGAUGACUUUCUAGAACUCUCAAGUGACCUACUUGCAAACUUCCCCUCGACAACACUAUCAAUCACAUACACCAACAUCGCGAAAAAGAUCAAGCUGAAACUGGCAAAGGCCGACAGCAAGGACACCAAGAGUCAAUCAACAAAGACAAAACAUGGGCCCACGUCGACACAUGCAGUAUACAUCAAGUUCUACGAGCCGCACACGGGCAAAUGCUUGAAAUACAAGACGAUAAAACAAAAGGAGUUGAGCCGUAUCUUAAACAUGAUUGGUCCGCAAGGGAUCAGCAACAGCGUGGGCUUGGCCAGCUUAAUGACGAAUUGCAAAUUCGAGCCCGUGGUUGAACCGGUGGUGUCGGUGGCUGAAGAUAUCAAGGUUGAUGAAGUCGCCACUAGUAAAGAAGGCACACCGUUGCCCGGCAAGGAAGAAACGCCCCAGCCUUCUUCUAGCUCAAACAAGAAGAAGAACAAGAAGAAGAAGAAGAAUUGA